UAUGUUGUUUGACGGAGGUCUGUGCUCUCUGACUGCACUUCUGUUCUAUUUUAUUAUUGUGGACCACUGGAAGAAAGCAUGCAGGGAUCCAGAGUAUGCCACAUUAACGCUGAGCAUUUUUGAAGCGUCUCCAAGCUGAUGACAUGCCACUGAGAUUUCUUCCGAAAUAAACUUUGUUACCUGUUGAGCUGACAUGAUGGUGAACUGCUGUGGCCUGCUUACUGCCAAUAAAGCACCAGUUCCUCUGAAGAGCAUCGAGGUGGAGCUGGAGGUCAGGGACCAUGUGGCUACAGUGGUCUCCACCCUGACCUACGAGAACAAGGAGGACAAACCAGUAGAGGCUGUUUUUGUCUUCCCUCUGCCUGGAGAUGCUGCUGUCUGUCAUUUCAGUGCUAAGAUCGGACAGACACAGAUUGUAGCUGAGGUGAAGGAGAAACAGCAGGCUCGUGAGGAGUAUGAUGAUGCGCUGAGCUCUGGUCAGCAGGCCUUCCUGUUGGAGGAGAGUGAGCAGAGUCCAGAUAUAUUUACCCUGAGUGUGGGCAGUCUGCCUCCAGGAGAGAGCGCCUCCAUCCGGCUGGAGUACGUCACUGAGCUGGCUGUGCAGGCUGAUGACGGGCUGAGGUUUUGUCUGCCUGCUGUGCUCAACCCUCGCUACCAACCUCAGGGAAGUGGAGGUAGUGAAGGUGCCAGUGUCCAGGUGACUUCUGUUCCAGCCUCUCUGGUUCCCUACAGUCUGUCUUUUUCCGCCCGAGUGUCCUCUCCUCGUCCAGUCUCUAAAGUAGAGUCCAACUGUUCCCUGGACCCUCUCCAGCACCUCAACACAGAGCAGACCCAGGCCACGGUGAAGUUGGCUGCAGGACACAAGUUUGACAGAGAUGUUGAACUGUUGAUUUAUUACAAAGAUGCCCACCAGCCCACUGCUGUGGUGGAGGCAGGACAGACCACAGCCAAGACUGGCACUCUGAUGGGUGAUCCAGUCUUGAUGCUGAGUCUGUACCCUGAGUUCCCCCAGUCUGUGAUGUCUUCAGUCGCCUCAUGUGGAGAGUUUGUGCUCUUGAUGGAUCGAUCUGGGAGUAUGGGUUCACGUAUGAACAACGGCAGGGGUCAACAGACUCGCAUUAGCAGUGCCAGGGAUACUCUACUGCUCCUGUUGAAGAGCUUACCAAUGGGCUGCUAUUUCAACAUCUACAGUUUUGGGUCCAGUUUUGAACACAUCUUCCCUAAGAGUGUGGAGUACAGCCAGAGCUCUAUGGAAGAGGCUCUGAAGAAGGUUGAGCUGAUGGAGGCUAAUUUGGGAGGAACAGAGAUCCUGAAGCCCCUCAAACAUAUUUACAGCCAGCCCUGCAUUCCCAGUCAGCCAAGACAACUCUUUGUCUUUACUGACGGCGAGGUGUUCAACACCAAAGAAGUGAUAAAUCUGGUGAAGAAGAAUUCAGGUUCCCACAGGUGUUUCUCCUUUGGGAUUGGGGAAGGGGCCAGCUCUGCUCUUAUCAAUGGGUUGGCCAAGGAAGGAGGAGGUCAUGCUCAAUUCAUCACAGAGACUGACAGGAUGCAACCUAAAGUGAUGCAGUCACUGCGAUUUGCUCUGCAGCCAGCAGUUGUGGACAUCACAGUCACAUGGGAUUUACCAAAAGGAGUGUCUGCCACUGCUCUCUCUCCACCAAUCACAGCACUUUUCCAGGGUCAAAGGUCACUGGUUUAUGCCCAGCUCACUGGGCAGAGUUCAGAGGCAGCACAGGGCUGUGUGAUGGUGAAGUACAGCCUGGCAGGUCAUCCCUCUCAGAACCCGCUCCCAUUCAAUCUCAAACCUGCAGAGGACUCUGGAUUAACAGUCCACAGGUUGGGUGCUCGGACUCUGAUUCGCUCCCUGGAGAUGGAAGAGAGAGAACACAGAGGACAGCAAGAUGAAGGAGUGAAGAAGAAGGUGGUGGAGCUCAGUGUCCAAUCAGGGGUCAGCAGUUCCUACACUGCCUUCAUUGUUGUCAAUAAAGGCAAUAGCAAGCCGAUUCAAGGACCUCUGGUGCGCAGAAAUAUUCCAACACCCGUAUUGUUGAAGGCCCGUGCUCGACCCAAGAUUGCAAGAUUCGGAUGUUGUAGAGGAGCUACGCUUGGCAGCCUUCACAGAAAAAUGGGGAAACCAAAUCAGAUGCUUUCACUGCUUCAGCUCAAUAGUUCUUCAGCUGUACUUUCUUCAGCCUUGGAUGAUGAAGAUAUUGAAAGACCCAUACCCAAACAGCCUUGCAGAGACUCUUUGCUGCAGGUGGUUUCCCUCCAGAAUGCGUCCGGCUCCUGGCUGUUUAAUCCAGCUCUGGCUGAUGUACUGGGAAAGACCAGCGAGGAGGUGGACAAGUCAAAGCCUGCAUUGGUGACACAGGAAGUGUGGGCCACCAUUCUGGCUCUGAUCUGGCUUCAUGCUUUCAAGAUGGAUGCUAAGGAGGAGUGGGAGCUUCUUGCUAUGAAGGCCGUGUCAUGGCUCCGUGCUCAGAAUGCACCAUCUGUGGCAGAGUGUGUGGAAGCUGGAAAUGCACUGUUGGGUUGCAAGGUGCAGGAAGACGUCCUGGGGCUCUGAGGUUUUCAUUAAACCAGCUGUGCUUUAGGAUUGGUGCAGAGACGCAGAUUUACUCCAUUUUACAGCUUUUACACUGUCAACAUAGAACCUUACUAUCUACCCAGUAACAAUUCUAUAUUAUUCUAUUAUGUUUUCGUAUUUUCAUUUGGUGUUUCCCUUAGUUUUUUUGUGUAUUUGACUUUUACAGUAUUGCUAGAUGCUAAAAAAACUUUUCAGAACAGCGUUUAAUCCUUAUCUGACGUAAAUCAAGUAAAUGGUUGAUGGAU